AUGGAUAAUUACACCAGUGAUGAAGACAUAGAUGAUGCGUUUGACACCCAGCUCAUCAUUCAACAGAGUUUACAGGAUAUUCACAAGCUGGAAACUACACAGCCGUCACCUGAAGAUGAGAGCUUUUUGAUUGCAGACUGUAAGAGGAUAGUUGAAACAAUAGAGACAGGUAAGGAAGAUGUAUUGUCAGGGUUGACCAAGUACCAUUCUGCUUUUGAUGAAGCAGAUGAGUUAGGCUGGCUUCCUCUCCAUAAGGCUGCAGUGCAAUUAAAUAAGAACAUUUUGGAAAUAACCCUGAAAGCUUCAAAACCCAGUGUGUGGGAGCAAACCACCCACAAUGGUGAAACACCACUUUUUUUGGCUGUCAGAAAUUGCCUCUUAGAAAAUGUCUGUUUUCUUCUUCUCAAUGGCUGCAAUCCAAAUGCCAAGAAUGUCGAAGGCAAUUCUCCUCUUCUUACAGCUGUUCUACAGGACUCCUACAGUAUGGCCGCCUUGCUGAUCAGCCGUGGAGCAGAUGUCAAUCUGCGGUGUGCCAAUGAGAGGACAGCUCUCCACGAAGCAGCCAGACUGGGCAGACGGGACAUAGUGAAGCUCCUGCUGGUUUCUGGGGCCCACCCUGACCCAAAGAGCUCCUACGGAUUCACUCCUCUUGCUCUUGCUGCCCAAAGUGGACACACUAAAAUCAUGGAACUGUUACUGCAGAAAGGAGCUAAUGCUCUUGGUCAGGCCUCUGAUUCUUCUUCCAUCUUACUUGAAGCAGCUAGUGGAGGAAAUCCAGACUCUGUGACUCUCCUGCUAGAGUAUGGAGCUGAUGCCAACAUCCCUAAGAAUUCAGGCCACCUGCCCAUUCAUGUGGCAGCUGACAGAGGCCACUUGUUAGCUCUAAAGAUUUUGGUUCCAGUCACGGAUUUUGCUGCCAUUAAGCGGAGUGGCAUCAGUCCAGUUCACUGUGCAGCAGCAGGAGCACACCCCAAAUGCCUGGAACUUCUCAUCCAGGCUGGAUUUGAUGUAAAUUUCAUGCUAGAUCAGAGAAUUCGCAAACACUAUGAUGACCACAGGAAGUCAGCUUUGUACUUUGCUGUAUCAAAUGGUGACCUCUCUUCAGUUAAGCUGCUUCUGAGUGCUGGAGCUCUGCCUAAUCAAGACCCAGUUAACUGCCUCCAGAUAGCCCUAAGGAUGGGCAACUAUGAGCUGAUAAGCCUGCUGCUAAGGCAUGGGGCCAACGUUAAUUACUUCUGCAAAGUCAACCCUUUACAUUUCCCAUCAGCACUUCAAUACACGCUGAAAGAUGAAGUCAUGCUCAGGAUGCUGUUGAAUUAUGGGUAUGACACAGAGCGAUGCUUUGAUUGUCCUCACGGAGACAAAGCUCAUCCUUUCUAUACUUUUGAAGGCUGGACAUCUACAGUUAUCAAAGAUACUAUGUUCUGCGAAGUAAUAACUUUGUCAUGGCUGCAGUAUCUCUCUGGAAAGGUUGUUCGAGUGAUGCUUGAUUAUGUUGAUCAAGUUAGGAUCUGUUCAAAGUUGAAAGCUGUGCUCCAAAAACAGAGGCUCUGGUCAGAAAUCCAUUUUAUCUUGACAAACCCUCGCUCCCUGAAACAUUUGUGCCGCCUCAAGAUCCGGAAGUGUAUGGGACGUUUACAUUUGCGCUGCCCCAUCUUCAUGUCAUUUCUUCCGUUACCCAAUCGUCUAAAGGCAUAUGUCCUUUACAAAGAAUAUGACCUUUAUGAACAAGGAAUUUUCACAGGAACCUGGUAA